AUGCCGCCCUCCGUGGCGUCAAGCUCGACGCACUACGCCCUAGUAAUCGACGCCGGCUCCUCCGGCUCGCGUCUGCAAAUCUACUCGUGGCGCGACCCGGACCUUGAGCGCGCCGAAAUCAUCGAGGAGGUCCGCUCCUCCGAAGCGGAUAUUGCGGCGUCUCUCAGAGGAGAUGAUGGGCAGACAACGGGAGGAUGGCCCUGGGUUGAAACACCCAAGGCGAUGGGAGAAGGGAGUCGGAAAUGGUGGUGGCCGUCAAAUUAUAUGCCGACGCGGAAAGGGAAGGGAAAGGAUGUGGGGUAUGGAGAGCUCGAGCAGAGGGCGUUGAGACGGCUGGUACGUGUAGGGAAGGGGGUGGAAGGUGACGAGUGGGUCAAGCGGGCCGAGCCAGGCAUAUCGACCGUUGCUCCAGCCGAUAUCCCAGCUUAUCUCGCACCUCUCCUCACUCAUGCGCUUCAGCAAAUACCUCCAUCACAGCACGCCCUCACUCCCAUCUACAUCUACGCGACCGCCGGGAUGCGGCUGCUCUCAUCCGAAACCCAGUCCGCCAUCCUCCAAGCCACGUGCGACCUCGUCCGCAAGGACUACCCCUUCCGAGUCGGGCGGUCAGGCACAGAGGGACCUUGCGGGGAGAAUAUCCGUGUGAUCUCAGGCGAGGAAGAAGGAUUAUGGGGAUGGGUUGCCGUCAACUACCUGAUGGACGGGUUUGGGCACGCUCCGCCAUAUGGAGCAGUCGAAGCCCCGCCCUCUUCUUCGCCAUCACUACUACCUCUCGCUCCGCUCGCCGAACCACCACCCUCUUCCGCACAAGACUCUGUCACACCAGUCGACGUCUCGCAUCACUCGCCCACUUUCGGUUUCCUCGAUAUGGGCGGAGCCUCCACCCAACUCGCAUUCUCCCCCUCGGAGCUGGAACUUUCUCGCUCCGGCUACCCGACCGAUGAGCUUCGCAAAGUCUCUCUUCGGCUCUUGUCUGGGGAAGAGGUAGACUGGCAAGUCUUCGUCGCAUCUUGGCUCGGUUUCGGCACCAAUCGCGUUCGGGAGCGAUACGUCGAAACCCUCCUCGCUUCCUGGCGCAACUCUGCCAGAGUCGCCGACCUCACCACUCCCCUCCCUGAUCCCUGUCUACCGGUAGACCUCCUCAUACCCUCCGCGGCAGACGGCACCUCUCCGCCCCUCAUCGGAACCGGCUCGUUCGAUACAUGCCUCAAAGACCUGAAGCCCCUCCUCGAUAGGGCUCAGGACUGUCCCGCCAAGCACUGCUUGUUUGCGGGAUUGCCGACUCCACAGAUCGACUUUGAGCGGGACGAUCAGCGCGGGUUCAUCGGUGUCAGCGAGUACUGGUAUACUGCGCAGCAGGUAUUGGGGCUGGGCGGUAUAUGGGAUUGGGGAGAAUGGGAGACGGGAAUGGGCGAUUUCUGCGGAAGAGAUUGGAAGGCUGUCGAGGAGGAGGUCGAGCGAGAAAAGGGAUGGCGAGGGGCGCAACUCGAGCUAUCCCGACUUCAGAUGCAGUGCUUCAAAGGCGCUUGGAUCUCGAAUGUCCUUCACGAAGGCAUUGGGAUUCCUCGGCUCAUCGACUCUGGCGGUCGGGAGACCCUUACUGGCGGCGAAGUGGGCGAUACCAAUGCGGAAGCGGAGCGGCGGGCGCGCGAAAAGGGGCUCAUCGAGGGCGAUUCUUCCAGCGGAGCCCGACACCACAAAAGCAAAUCCCACUUCCAGUCCAUGGACGAGAUUGGCUCCACUGCCAUCUCGUGGACCCUCGGCAAGAUGGUCAUCGAAGCGAGCAAAGCCGUACCGCCCCGCUCGUCCGCGCAGGAAUCGGCAUGGCGAGACAGAUUGCCCAGUCUCGGUCUCGUCGGGGUGGUCGGGACCCGGUUGGAAGAUGCGGGUAUCCAUGCCGCAUGGGCGUAUAUCGGCUUCAUCUUCCUGUUCCUCGUCCUCGCUUGGAACUGGGUCAAACGGCGCAAGUUUCCGUUGUCGAACAGCCCUCGAUCGUCUGUUCGCCGGAAACCCAGUCUGAGCGGCGGGUCACCCAUGGCUGCAUCGCCCACCUCGUGGUCGUUCUGGCCUGCACCGGCAGAUACCAUCUCGCUGGAGGACGGGUAUCGCUCGGACUCGUCUUCCUCACGCUCUGGUCCCCGCUCUGCGCCCGCGAAGCUACGCGCUCUAUCACUCCGGUUGACCAGCUCCAUCCGCCGCUUACUCCCCUUCUCCCACCGGACGGCUUCGGGCUCGUACGACGCCCCCCUCCUUCCACGAUCGUCAAUGAACGGCCGAUCAACCAAUACCUCCCGCCACGCGUCCAUGCCCAUCCAUACCUCCUCUACCGCUUAUUCACCAUCCUACUCCCAGCCCUCCUCCCCACGCGGAAGCUUCUUCACUCCUGCUCUCUUUGGCGGCUCCAGCGACUCGGACAGUGUUGGCCUGACCGUCCCUUUCACUCGGCCCGGCUCGACCUCGCCCGAGCCCCGGCGUAUGCAAGGCCUCAGCUCCAGCCAGAGCGUGGGCGAAAUGUCAUCAAUGAGCGGGAGCGGAUACAGUCUCACCCCGCAAACAAGCCCGCCACGUAAUAAGAGCCGUCCCCUUCGCGCUCGACAGAACAGCUACAAUAUUGGAGGAGGACCGUCGGCUUCGGCCGCGACGGGAGGAUGGAACGAUCCGCCCACGACGCUGUUCACGGCUUCGCAGGCCGCGCAUGGAGGGUCGUUGGGGAUGUCGAUGGUGGAUGGGCUGGGGCCGCAUGAGAGCGGGUCGAGUAGCGGGGUCUUGACGCCCUCGGCGGGCGCGGCGGAUCGGGUGUUGAGCAGGCAGAGCAGUCGGGUGAAUCUGAGCGAUAUGGGGUUGAAGGAGAGGAGUGGGAGUAGGCUGGGGCUGCACUAG